UUCCUCAAGUUACCUGGGUAUCUCCCAGGCCUUAUGUAAUAGUAAUGGGUGUUACGUUAGCGUUAUUCUAAUCCCGCCCCGGGUGCACGCUAACUAAAAUGGUCCUAAUGCUCGAGCGCUGAGGUGGUCAUGUUCGUUUUGUGCCUAUCGGCUUCCCCCAUCCUGUUCCCGGCGUCAGCUAGGCACACAGCCACUGUAAUCUUUGUCCACGGCCUGGGCGACACGGGCCGUGGCUGGGCCGGGACCGUCGAGAACUGGCGCCGCCGACAGCGUCUCGAUGAGGUCAAGUUCAUCCUGCCUCAUGCACCCGCGAUUCCGAUUACCUGCAACUGGGGAGAGAAGAUGCCCGGGUGGUACGAUAUUCACACCCUUGACGGCAACGCUGAGUCUCUCAGCGUCAACGAAGACGAGGCCGGAAUUCUGGUCAGCCAGGCCUAUUUUCACGAGCUUAUCCAAAAGGAGAUCGACGCCGGCAUCCCUCCCGAGCGAAUCGUUCUCGGCGGCUUCAGCCAGGGCGGUGCCAUCAGCAUCUUCAGCGGUCUCACGGCAAAGGUGAAGCUGGGGGGCAUUGUGGCCCUCUCGUCGUACUUGCUGCUGAGCCUCAAGUUCGCCGACCUGGUGCCCAAGCCCGAGUUCAACAAGGACACGCCCAUCUUCAUGGCCCAUGGCGACUCCGACCCGGUAGUGCACCCUGAGCUGGGGAAGAAGUCGUACGAUUUGCUGAAGGGCUUGGGGUACAACGCCACUCUCAAAAUUUACAAGGAUAUGGAGCAUUCAGCCUGUCCUGAGGAACUGGAUGACGUCGAGGCGUUUCUGCGGGAGAGGCUGCCGGCGUUGGGGAACAGCGACGCGAAGUCGGAGCUCUGAAAUAAAUGUUUCUGUUUUCGCCCACAGCUUCGUCGUCACCAAGCCGGAAAGGUGAGUUCCGGACUGCUGGAUAGGAGGGACUGCUGGGACGCCUAAGCGGCAACUAAGCCGCGCGGACGCAGCACGAGAGCGGAUGCCUUGCAUGUAAAAUAGCGCGGAAGGACCGCUUGCCCUAACUGGGCGGGGCGAUCGCCCUUGCGGUGUAAGAUCAAUAUAUAUAUGUUUUUGUUUUGCACGGUUAGCUGGGAAUUAUGGUCAUGGGUUAUUUGCACUUGGCAGGGCAGAUGGGCGUUGGGGUAAGAUUCUUAGACUCAACGCGCUUGUUUCUGUGAACCACUUAACUUACUGCUAACCUCUAGUCAGUGACAUGGAAAGGUGUGUUGACUCAGAGGUGGAAGAUUAUGACACUUAGCUUCCUUCCUGAUUGGGUUCGGCGAUGGGGAGAGUGCCACC